AUGAAUGAACAGUUUGAUUUUCGUGCUUUAUUACUCAGAAUACAAGAUCUUCUAUCAGAAAAUGAUCGGCAUCGUCUACAUUUUCUACUUGGUGAAGACGUUCCAAGAUAUUUGCGUGAUGAUUUUUCGUUUAGUGGGACUCUUCGUUUACUUGAUUCUCUCUUCGAAAAGGCAUUCAUCAGUGAUCAGGACUGUGAUUAUCUCAUUGAAGCAUUCAAUAAAAUACAUUGUCAUGAUGCCAUGAGACGACUUCAAGGGUAUCAACUAGCUCGAAAGCAAAGUAACCAACGAAGUUUCUCACUUCAAGAUAUUCUUCUACAAGAUAGUGAAGACGACAAAAUUUGCCCACCUAGAAUCAUGCGUGACAUAGCUGAUCCAAUAAUGAUUGAAGAUUCAUCGACUUCGUUGACAGACAUAGCCCUCCAAUACAAUCCACCUAUCUCGUCGCCUUCUGUGUCUAACCAAACGGACAAGAAUAUUCAUAGAUCUUCACGAAUGAACACGAUCUUCAGAAUACCAUUGACUCUUCGUGAAUAUAUUCUACUCAUGAUCAUUACUAUUCUGGCUACAUUAGCUUCUCUGUUAGCAAUCAAACUAUGGAGCAAAUACUCUCAACCGAACACGAUAACGGUUUCAGGCAUUCCUAAUAUUUCGUUGAAUGCACGAUGGUCACAAAAUGGCGUGACUGCAGCUGGAGGACACGGGGCCGGUAAUGCCACCAACCAACUCAACAGUCCUUUUGGUCUCUCCAUUGAUGAUGAUCAAACGAUUGUCAUCGCUGACUGGGGCAAUAAUAGAAUUGUCGAAUGGAAGAAGGGCGACAAGAAGGGCAGAGUCUUUUCUAGUGGCCACAACCAAAUUAAUAUAUAUUAUCAAUUGCAUUAUCCAACUGAUGUGCUGAUCGACAAAGCGACAGAUAGUGUCAUUAUCUGCAGUAAUGGGUAG